AUGUCCCCUUACCAAGACGAUUUGCCCGGCUAUGACGAGGCCGCUCCGCCCGCCUAUUGCAACGACGACAUUGAGGUCGGCGCCGGCGGCGAGAAGUACAAAUUGGAUGUGAAGAAACCGCUGCCCUCGGACGACUUCGAGGAGAGUUUCCGCGUGGAGCAGCCCACAUGGAAGGAUUGGCCGUUUGCAGUGGUGUUCCAAGUGGUUCUAGUGCUGUUUAUGGGACUGCUCGUGUUCACCACGCACGAUGUUGUCGUGGAGGUUGCAAACGUCAACCGUGAGCAGGCAAGACUGAUCUGCCUCGUGUUUGCCACCGGCGUGGCUUGCACGUACGGCGGCAUUGUGGUGCUGCGGAAAUGGCCUGCAGCGUUUUUCAACGUGGGAUGUCUGCUUAACGUGGCUGCCGCGUCGCUCCUGGCCGUGGGCGCGCUGUCCAACGACAAUCUGUGGGCCGGCGUCAUGUUUAGCGUCCUGGCGCUGGUCAGUAUCCUGGGGUACCUGAGCGUGCGCCGUCGCAUUCCGCUCAGCUCGCUGCUGCUGAAACAGGUCAUUGACGUGGCCCAGAACAACCCCGUGACGUGGAAGAUAUCGGCCGCCGGCACGCUCGUUUCCGCCGUGUUCAGUCUGGCUACCGUGCUCGUCGUUUACGGAACCAUGGUGAAAUGGGGGCUGGACGAGACCGGCCAGCUGAAAAACAAGACCAUGUUUGUGGCUACCGGCAUUUUCGUGCUGUUCGCAGGCUUCUACAUCGCCGAGGUGCUCAAGAACGUGCUGCACUCGACGGUGGCCGGUGUGUACGGCUCGUGGUACUACCUUUCGCACGCAGAAAGGUGUCCGCAAAACGCCGGCCUUGCGGCCUUCAGGCGCAGCGUGACGUACUCGUUCGGCUCCAUCUGCUUUGGCUCGCUCAUUGUCUCUGUGAUCCAGACGCUCAGCAACGUGGCCGGCCUGGCCAAGCAGUGGGCAGCCCAGGAGGGAGGACUGGCAGGCUACAUUGGUUUCUACAUCAUCGAGAUCUUCGCUUCUAUUAUGGAGGCCAUGGUGAGAUGGCUCAACGAGAAGGCGUAUUCGCUGGUGUCGCUCUACGGGCUUGACUUCCUGCACGCUGCGCGUGGAGCGUUUGCGCUCGUCGAGCAAAGAGGCCUCAGUGCGCUCAUCAACGACUGCCUGAUCAACACGGCGUUGGGCCUGUACUCGCUGCUUGUCGCGUACGCGUGCGGUCUCGUGUCUGCGGUUUUCCUGUUCACUGUGCAACCCGCGUGGGCCCAGAACACCGACGGCGUGGUGGACGUCAACGUGGAGGUCGUUAUGACGGUGCUAUUUGCGAGCGCGUUCGGCUUCUUUGUGGCCAGCGUGGCCACCAGCGUCGUGCACAGCGGCGCCGUCACGUUCUUUAUCAUGCUCGCCAAGGACCCCGAGGUUUAUAAGGCCACGCAUCCCGACGAGUUUGCCCAGGUGUUGGCAGCGUACCCGGACGUCGAGCGGAAGCUGCAAGUAGACGGUUUCUGA